AGCGGAGCGGACUGCGCAGGCGCCUUGCUCCGCGGGGCGGAGGCGGCGGCGCGGCAGGAAAGAUGGAGGACUACCAGGCUGCGGAGGAGACUGCGUUUGUUGUUGAUGAAGUGAGCAACAUUGUAAAAGAGGCUAUAGAAAGUGCAAUUGGCGGUAAUGCCUACCAACACAGCAAGGUCAAUCAGUGGACCACAAACGUCGUCGAGCAAACUCUGAGUCAGCUCACCAAGCUGGGAAAGCCAUUUAAAUACAUUGUGACCUGUGUCAUCAUGCAGAAGAAUGGAGCUGGGCUACACACAGCAAGCUCCUGCUUCUGGGACAGCUCCACCGAUGGGAGCUGCACCGUGCGGUGGGAGAACAAGACCAUGUACUGCAUCGUCAGCGCCUUCGGCCUGUCCAUCUAACGCCCGCCCACCUGCGGCCGUUCUCUUUGUGUUUCAGCGUCUCUGCCCCAUCUUCUACCACCAGCCAUGAAUUCAGUCAACACCUUUCUUGUUUUUUAAGUGUUUUUUGUGGCACUCUCAAAAUGUAGAGAAAAAACCAAAAUGCCUGCACUGCUCCAUGAAUUAUCGAAGUCGGCGGGAUAUUCCUGGGGCAGUCAGAAGCUGUGUUGCCAUGAGUCUUAACUCUGAACAUUUCUUUUCAAAGGUGCUAAAACUGAAAUCUGCUAGUGUGAAACUUUCUCUACCCUUUGAAGUGAUUUAAAUACACUAAUUUUCCAUACUUUAUACUUUUGUUAGAAUAAUAAAUUAUUCCACUUUGAA